AUGGAGCCACCCGAAACGGCCGCCCCCCCGCGCUCGCCCGCUCCAAUGCGACGGCUUCAAAAGACACUGGGGCCAAAAGCCGCGGCCGCCAAGCGCAGCAGGAAGCAGACGACGACGGGGGACGCCGAAGAUUCAGCAAGUACACCAGGACGCCACAGGCCGGAGGCCGCCACACGCGAUGCCCGCUACCACCGGACGCCGGCCACCCGCCGCCGCCGCACCCCACACCCAACGCGGCUGCCCCCCGCCCGAAGCCUGCCCCCCCCCCCCUGCCGCCCAGCCACGCCUCCGAGAGGCCCACCUGCCCCACCGAUGCUCCCGCCCCACCCCGCCCCCGCUCCCCCCCCCGCCGCUCGCCCCCAGCCCGCCCCGGCACCCAUUCCCACGUCUGCCUGUCUUACGCCCCCCAACCGUGGGCCUCUGCACCCCGCUCCGCCGCACCCCGCGCUGAAUGCCCGGCAGUCCGCUGCACGCACACCAGCCGCCGCCCACGCCCCCACUGCCCCCCCCAAAGCUUUCUCCCGAGUCUCGCCCCGCGCCGUCGCCGCCUACCAGACGUUUCCGCAGCCCCCACGCCUGCUCUCCACGCUACCGCAGACACCACCCGCACCGCCCGAUCGUCCCACAGAGGCUCCGCAAGAACAAGAGGGGGACGGCCGCCCACACAGCACGCCGGCCGCCCCACGACGAUGCCCGCCAGCCCCAACGACGCUCCCUCCACCCGAUGACGACUGCACCCAAAGUCUACUGGUGUUUUGCCCCCGCUCCCACCACACGACGCCGCCCCCCCCACCCGCGCUGAAGCAGCAGCCGCUGCCCGCCAACCCCCCCCCACAGCAACCGCCCCCCGGCCCCCCCGCCCCCACGAUAGAGCAGUACGACAACAAAGGACGAGGACGAAAGCACAAAAGACGACGCACGCCAAAAGCCGCGAACGGCAAAACGACGACCGACUGCCCCCCCCCCAACAACCCGGCGAUCGCAAAAACGACGACGAAGCAGCUAAAAGAGACGAACGCGCCCACCGCCGACGAACGCCACACGACGCCGCCCGCAAACCCCGGACGCCAAACAGAGUACGCCCGACCGCGACGUCAGCACAAGCCAUACGCCCACGUCCCCACGGCCCCGACUCCAAAGCGAUGCGACCGCACGCCCGGACGAAAAACCGCCCCCGACCGCCGACCGCAUCCCGCCCGCACGCCGCCUCCCGCCGCCCGUCCGCAACGCAGAGCCCCCCGCCCACGUUGUAAAGAAGGCCACCUCCUCCCCCCCCGCUGCUAG